UUUGGUACCACGUGAGAUUUAUGAGGAGUGGUUCAUGACAGCAUUUUCACAGAGAAGUAGUUCUGCAAGACAAGAACUAGAGAGAGAAACCCGAACAAGAAAAUAGUUUUAGUUCAUUGGAGUUUUCACUGAUUCACUUGUUUGGUUUUUUAGGAUUUAUCGGUUUCUUCUUUUAUUAUAAACCUUAAAACUUUAUAACGCUCUCUGUUUCUCCUCCUCCCUCGCACUCAUCUUUUCUUGUUCUUAUCAAUCCACCUUUUUAUUUGAACUGCGUGUUAGUGUUUUCGUAUGGGUUCUCUUCACUCAUUUAAAAUUUUACUUCAAUCAUUUCUGAGAUAGAGAUAAAGAUCUUAAAAUCUUUGAUUGGUUCUUUUAGGAAUUAAUUUGUGGUGUUUUUAUUUGUUGAAAUGGCUAAUGCAUCUGGUUUCGCAUCUCCCUCAAUUCCUACACUUAGAACACAAACAAAUCCAUCUGGUUUUCGGAUUUCGCGAUCUGGGGUUUACCCAUUUGAGAGAAUUAAUAAAUGGGUAUUUCACUGUAACGCUGUUGUAGGUAAAGUUGAAUCCGGAGUUUCCUCUUCCCAAUCUCGUUUACCCAGAGUUGGUCAAGGGUGCAUGCUGGUUGGAUGUGGCUCGGCAGUACCCAAUCUUCUGAUUUCUAAUGACGAUCUCUCAAAGGUUGUUGAAACUUCUGAUGAAUGGAUAUCAGUUCGUACAGGAAUCCGUAAUCGACGAGUUCUUGCAGGCAACGAAAAAUUAACAAAUUUGGCUGUUGAGGCUGCUUCUAAAGCUCUUCAGAUGGCUCAAGUUGAGGCUGAUGAUGUAGACCUAAUUCUCAUGUGCACCUCUACUCCUGAGGAUCUUUUUGGCAGUGCUCCUCAGAUCCAGAGAGCUCUAGGUUGUACCAAAAAUCCCUUGGCUUAUGACAUAACUGCUGCCUGUAGUGGAUUUGUCUUGGGUCUAGUCUCGGCUGCUUGUCAUAUUAGAGGAGGUGGGUUUCAAAAUGUGCUAGUAAUUGGUGCUGAUUCUCUUUCCCGAUAUGUUGAUUGGACGGAUAGAGGGACCUGUAUUCUCUUCGGUGAUGGUGCUGGUGCCGUAUUAGUACAGGCUUGUGAUGGCGACGAAGAUGGUUUAUUUGGUUUUGACUUGCAUAGUGAUGGUGAUGGCCAAAAGCACUUAAAUGCUCAAAUUAAAAAUGGUAAUGUAGACGAUGAAACAGAAAAGUUAGGUUCAAAUGGCUCAGUGUUAGACUUUCCUCCAAAACGCUCUUCUUUUUCUGAAAUUCAAAUGAAUGGCAAGGAGGUCUUCCGCUUUGCUUGCCGGUGUGUUCCUCAGUCAAUUGUGUCUGCUUUGGAAAAAUCUGGUCUGUCAGGUUCUGACAUCGAUUGGCUGCUUCUUCAUCAGGCAAACCAACGAAUCAUAGAUGCAGUAUCUACUCGUUUAGAGAUCCCACCAGAACGAGUUAUAUCGAAUUUGGCCAACUAUGGUAACACCAGUGCUGCGUCAAUCCCCUUAGCAUUAGAUGAAGCUGUAAGAAGUGGAAGGGUGAAACCAGGUCAUACUAUUGCCACUGCUGGGUUUGGUGCUGGCCUUACAUGGGGUUCUGCAAUUUUAAGAUGGGGAUAAAACAUGAAACGAUAAACAAAGCAAGAGGAUGAAAUUAUAACUUCCUAACAGCCUAUGUAAUGCAGAGAAUGAUUAGAAGUCAUAUAUUCAGCUCCCUCUUUUUCUUUUUUGUUUCUUUAAUUUAGCUUUUGUAAGUUUUGAGACCCAAUAAUUUAAUUCUUUUUGUCUUUCUUGUAUUUUCUUCCUUAUAAUUUAUGCUAGCUGUAAUGUUCUUUUGCUCUUUUUCUUUUCAAUAAUUGGGAAGGGGAUUUUGAUAUUAUUCAUGUGCCGAGGUAGCCAACAGAUAUAAUCAAUGAUUUGAUAAUACCAUGUUCA